AUGCUGGACCUUGAUGAGCUAUUUCCCCCGCGGUUCGAGAGUCUGCUGAGGAUCGCGGAUGAGGCCCAGGGUCCCGCGAACGGUGCACCCAAGUGCGCCUCCCUCGAGGAGGAUUCUGGUUCGGUGGGAACCGGAAGCGUAUGCCACAAUGGACAAUCGAGGGACGAAGAGGACGUCGAGUGGCAAGAACCGGUUAUGGUGCCGUCGGAUCCCUCCGAGUGGAACGCGAGUCACAUCGCCUCCUGGCUUUCCUGGUGCGCGAGGGCUUUCUCCCUGGAGCCGGCCCCCGACCCCUUCGCCUUGGCCCCGAGCACCGGCCGGGAGAUGCUGUGCUGGAGUCUGGCCCAGUGGCAGGAGCGCGCUCCCGGCUCCGGGCGCGUCCUCGCCAGGCACCUUGGAUACCUGAGAUUGCAGGCCAGUGGCAUUAGUACCGAGGCUCUUCUCCAAGAGGAAAAAUGCACCGAGAGGUUCGGCCUCCUGCAGCGCACGUGCUCCCUGAUUGGCGCGGCGGGCGGCGUCAGCGGCGGACCGUCGGGGGCGCCGCUCGGGGGCGGCCAGGUCCAGCUCUGGCAGUUCCUCUUGGAGCUACUCGCCGAUUCGUCCAACGCGACGUGCAUCGCGUGGGAGGGCGCCAACGGCGAGUUUAAGCUCACGGACCCAGACGAGGUGGCGCGCCGAUGGGGCGAGAGGAAGUCCAAGCCCAACAUGAACUACGACAAGCUAUCGCGCGCCCUCAGGUACUACUACGACAAGAACAUCAUGACGAAGGUGCACGGCAAGCGUUACGCCUACAAGUUCGACUUCCACGGGCUGAUGAUGGCCUGUCAGGCGCAGGCAGGGGUCGGCCACGAGGCCGCUACUCCAGGUUACCACACGCAUCAACAUCACCAUCAACACCAUCAUCUGUACGGGUCCGCCGUGUCCACGACCGCGCACCAAGGACAGCCGCCUCCGCCGCCCCCACCUCACUACUGUUGGCCGUACCGAUAUUCGGCGCCGACCUAGUCCCGGCCGCAAAUGGAGCAUGUCGAUGGA